GCUUUCGUCAUUCCCACCUCGCUCGUGCUCACCUUCUUUGCUCCGCCCCGCACCUCGCGUCUGCUCACUGGCCAUGCCUUUUUCUUUCGCUACCAGCAUCGAAACUACAGUACAGUAGUUGUGACCUGAACGACUUGCCCAGCCUGCUGAGGCUUCAUCUGCCUCCAUUUAUGGGAUUCACCAUUCUUGCAGUAGCGUCGUCCCUAACUCACUUGCCACCGCCUAGUUCCAUUUAGGGUUUGCGCGACCUUGUUGGAUGGACUGCAGAGUUAGACUUCUAGGUUAGAGCAUCGGCUGGCGGGACAUUAUGACGAGGCGGGAACCUCGUCCUAGAUGGCACUGGUUGAUAAGUUUCGUAGUGUUACUAUCGUAUCCAUCUAGAGAGCUCGCGUCUCGACCAAUCCGAGAGAAACUUUUAGAUUCCGAGCUUCCGCUUUGGGAAGAUGAGUGGAGUUUACGACCGCUCGUGUCGGAAAUCGUGGAGACAACGGACUUGUCGAAUCUCAAGAUAUUCCCCUCGAAUAUCUCGGGAACAUACAAAGGCACGUGGGAGGUGGCGAGGAACUCGUCGUCGUCGCGAUUCCCGGACCUUCAGAAGAACUCUGGAAACAUCAUCUUCCAACUCAAGACCAGCAGCACGGCGCGCCCCGAGGUCCACUACGUUCAUGGCGAGGUGGUGUUGCGGGACGGCAUGUACAUUAGCGACGGCGACGUGCACAUGAAGUUGGAAGGGGUCUACCUCCGCCCUUUCGGCCACCUUAGAAUGGUCCUUAGCAGUUCGGCUGGAGCUGAGCCCACAGAAGUGGACGAAGAGAGCACCGCCAACGGUUACCAGCUGGAGCUGCGCGACUCCAGUAAACGAGCACCAGGAUCGCCGGAUCACACAGCGGUUGUGGAAAUGGCAAAGAACUGCAAGAUACGGAUGAUCACGCACGUCUCCCCCGCCGUGUGGGAGUGGCGAAACGGCGUGCAGGAGCACGUGCCCAGUCAGAUGCAGGGCUUCGUGGAGAGCGUGCGAGAGGACAGCAGCGCAGACCGCGCCUCUCGCCACCCCUUCGUCAGACCAACCGUUGCCGCCUCCUCAGCAGCAGCAGCCGCAGCAGCAGCAGCAGCUGCAGCUGGUGGUAACGCCGCGUCCGCGGCGGUAGCCGCGGCAGGGGCGUCAGGGAUAGGCGCGGGGCUAGGGCUAGGGGGAGGGGUAGGGGUAGGGGAAGGGCUGAGCUCAGGGGUGGGGGGGUCGGAGCUACUGGCAGAAAGCAGGGGGGCGGCGGGGGGAAUGGGGGAGAUGGGGGGAGUGGGGGAAUCGUGGGAGGCGGACGCGGCUCUGGUGGCAGCAGAGGAUCCGGUGGGGGGGAGGGCGCUGGGCGGAAGGGGGGAGGGGGAGGCGGGGGAAGGGGAGGAUGAGAGCGACGCGCCAUGCUUUGCUACCCUGAGGAUCAACGCGACUGCGGUUGACCUGGAGGCGUACUACAAUAAGGCCGUGAACUACACUCUCAUGGUCACCUUCGUCUCCUUCCUGCAGGUGCUCUUCAUCAUCCGCCAGAUGGAGCACAGCAACACACAAUCGGGAGCAGCCAAGGUGUCGAUGCUGAUGGUGGGCCAGCAGGCCAUCAUGGACGCCUAUCUCUGCCUGCUGCACCUCACAGCCGGCAUCGUCGUGGGAGCGGAGUCCCUAUUCAAUGCAUUCGCCACAGCGGCGUUCUUCAAGUUUGUCAUCUUCUCCAUCUUCGAGAUGCGCUACCUGCUCGCCAUCUGGAAGGCGCGUCGCCCCGCGCAGUCGUCCGAGAGCUGGGAUCUCAUGCGGCGGGAGCUCUCCAUCCUCUACUCGCGAUUCUACGGCUUUCUCCUGGGGGGCAUCCUCUUGAUCUACCGCUUCAGCACGGCGCUGCGCUACCUGCUGCUUCUCUUCUACUCCUUCUGGAUCCCCCAGAUAGUCACAUCUGUUAUAAGGGACUCCCGCAAGCCGCUCCACGUGCACUACAUCCUCGGCAUGUCUGCAACGCGCCUCGCCAUCCCACUCUACAUUUUCGGCUGCCCGAAAAACUUUAUGCGGGUGGAGCCGAGUCCGGCGUGGUGUGCGGCGCUGAUUGCGUUCAUGGGGGCGCAGGUGGCGGCGCUGCUGCUGCAGCACUACUUGGGGCCGCGCUGGUUCAUCCCCAAACAGUUCCUACCCGAGAAGUACUCCUACUUCCGCCGCGUGUCGUGCCUGAUGCGGCAGAGCAGCGACGCCGAUGACAGCGGCCCUGCGGACUGCGUCAUCUGCAUGACGCCUGUGCCCAUCACCUCCCACUCCAUGGACCGCAUGGUGACCCCGUGUGACCACAUGUUCCACACGGCAUGCCUCCAGCGCUGGAUGGACAUCAAGAUGGAAUGCCCCACCUGCCGCCGCUGCCUGCCGCCCGUCUGACACCCCCCUCCCACCCACCAUCACCCUCUCUCCACAACCUCCACCAUCUUGACCCCUCUGUCACUGUCACCGUCUCCCCUCCCCACCACCACUGCCUCCCCCCCGUCUGACAAUCCCCGACAAUCCCCUCGCCAUUACCUUCUAUAUCACCCUCCCUCCCACCAUCUUCUUCCCAUGUCCCUCCGUCACCACCCGUUGGGGACCUAAGAAGGCUGUGAUCCACCUUGGUGGAUCCCACACUAGCCACAAGCAAUGGGCGCUGCCUACACGCUGUGAUUUGGCCUCAAAAGAGGCACUGUAGCAUCUUGUUGGGGAAUAUGGGGAACACUAAGGCAGCAUCAGCGUGGUGUUGAUGCGAUUACGAUAAGUGCUGAAAAGGGGAGGUUUUUUAAUUAGAAAAUGUGCAGUGGGUCUUACGUGGCCUGGUAUGAAAUUCCGGCUGAAAAAGAAAUGGUGUAGUCCGGCCUGUCACUAGGUUCUACGGCCAGGGAUGCCGAAUAGGAACCGUUGCAAGCAUUUUCAACAUUUACCAGCGUUA